ACUAAUUACGAGGAAAAACUAAAAACUAAAUUAAGAGGAAUAAUUUGCGAACUUUUUCAUAUGUCUCCUUAAAAUUAGGCUCUCCGCUUUUUUUCUAUGUGUGUUUUGUCCUAGAAAAACGUGUGUAUAAAAAGUUUAAUUUUUUUUCAAUAGAUUGAAGGAUGUCCUUGUCGUACUCUAUUGCUCUCCUUGUCUGGCGUCACUAGACAGGGGAGAGUAACAGCGUGCGACAAGGACAGAUAUAUAUGUGCGGUAGACAAGGAGAGCGAUAGCGUGCGACAAGGACAGCCAUACAUGCGCGGUAAAUAAGGAGGGCGAUAGCGUGGAACAAGGACAGACAUAUUCGCGCUGUAGACAAGGAGAGUGACAGUGUAUGACAAGGACAGAUAUAUAUUCGCGCGCUAGACGAUAAGGACAUUGCGGUAAGGAUAACAAUAUAAAUUAGUUCCGGCACUUAUCCUAGGGAUGAUCUACACGGUGCAUGCUUAAAGCUGCGGACACAAUGCACCACCUGCCAGUCGUAAACUAUCAGUGGGGUGCCCAUAUGGACGUACCUAUGGAAGCGAGUUGCCAUAUGAAGAUCGAUCGAUUUAAAUAAAAAAAAGUUGAGAAAUUGUAUACGAUAAAAUGUUACGUUCAAGGUCUCAAAGCAGCAUUUGGGAACAGGAAGCAAAGUUUGUACAAGACCGAAUAUCUAACGUAGAGAAACAUUUUGCAGAAUUAUGCACGACAUUUGCUGCAUAUACAAGAAAAGCCGCAAGAUUGCGCGAUAAAGGAGAUGAAAUAGCAAAAAUUAUUCAAAUUUACGCACAAUCGGAAACAAUAAAUCAAUCAUUAUCUAAUGGACUGACAAAUUUUUCUGCGACUUUGUCAGUAAUAGGUGAUUAUAGAGACGCCAAAGUGCAAAGAUUUGAUGCCAAAAUAAUUUCCCCACUUUCUCAAUACGCGACAAUUUGCAAACAUGCUCGUGAUGACGUAAAAAAUACAUUUACAGCACGCGAUAAGGAGUUAACAAGAAAAAGGCAUCUAGACAGACUUCGAGAACGAAAUCCUAGAAAUAGACAGAUGAUUUCUCAAGCCGAAUCGGAACUAAUGAAAGCUUCUGUUGAAGUUUCAAGAGUUGUUAAAGGUUUAGAAGAGCAAAUCGAUGCAUUCGAAAAGCGGAAAUUACAUGAUCUGAAAACUGUACUUCUAGAUUUUAUUAUCAUUGAAUUAAGUUUUCACGCCAAAGCUCUAGAAUUACUAACAAAAGGUUACCAAGAUAUUGCAGAAAUCAAUGAAGUUAAAGAUUUAGAGGAAUUUCGUGAAAUAAUGCAUGUACCCGAUUCUAUUGCAAGAUUGUCCACUGUUGGACGAACUUUGUUUCGGCAAUCUUAUUCUCUUACCAAUUUGGCGAAUCGUUUUAUGCCUUCACCCGCAAAUUCACAGAAAUUAGCUAACCAUACAAUUGAAUCUACAUCUAUUGAUUCUGCAAAGUCAAGUUUAAAAACGAACUCUUCAGAAUCUGUACAGAUUGAGGAAUUUAGAGAGAGUUCGGAAGAAACUGAAUCUGAAUCUACUAAAGAAAAACCUGUGAGAACCAGGCAUAAAUCUAUGUAAUUGUAAAUAAUCUAUUGUUUCAACAAUAUUUUGUACAAUUCUAGAUUGAACUGCAAAGUAAUUCUGGACAUAAGGAUUCAAUACGAUUUAUAGUUAAAGCAAUACCACCGAUUCCUACAUAUCAAAAGUUUUUAACAAUGCCUAUAAUGAUCAAGCAUGAUUGAUUUAAUAUAAAUAGUAUUUAUCUAGCACUGAAAUGUAUCCUAUAUU